UUCUUUCUUUCAGUUGGAGCUCGUCUUCCGUUCUUUGGACAAAGUUUUAGCCCGGUUUGCUCUGAGUCCGUCCUUCCGCUUCUCGGCGCCUGUCCCCGGCGGCUGCACGGCGAAUCCCGCCAGCCAUGGAGAUCACCUACGUUUACACGAAGUUCCGCCGGGAGUUUGGCCGCCAGGGUCUGUUCUCCGACCGGGCUGAGGCGGUGAUGGUGGACAUCCAGCCGAAUCCGAGGCUGAUCAGCAACUUUGUCGUAAAGACCCCCAGAGAUCAGGCCUCGCAGGCCUGCAUGGACAUGUCCGAGCACCCGGUAAACACUGAGCGCUUUGAGUCCAGCAGUUGUGGCAUAAACCACGUGGAGGGCGCGUGGCCAAAAGACAUCAACCCGAAAGACCUGGAACAAACCGUCCGCUUCAAGAAGAAGAUUGAAAAAGAGGAAAACUACGUCAACAGCCUCGUGCACCUGGGCUACGUGAUGGACCACUGCAUCAAGCAGAACAACACCAUAGACAUCUACCAGGAGCACUUCAAGGAGGACGAGAUGGAGAAAGUACCGGAGCUGCCGACAGCGAAGACCAAGAGCGUCUUCAGAGAUCCGAACCAGGUGAAGCGAACCAUCACCAGCCUGUCGUGGCAUCCCGACGGUGGCAGGAAGUUGGCGGCGGCGUACUGCAGCCUGGACUUCCAAAAAAGCCCCCCAGACAUGAGCUUCGACUCCUACAUCUGGGACCUCGAGAAACCAAACUACCCUGAAAUGGCUCUGAAACCAGAAUCUCCACUGGUUUGUCUGGAGUACAACCCGAAGGACCCCCACACUCUGCUGGGGGGCAGCUACUGCGGCCAGAUUGUCUUGUGGGACACCCGGAAGGGCAGCCAUCCUGUGGAGUAUUCGUCUUUGGAGCACUCCCACAGAGACCCGGUUUACAAGAUCAUCUGGCUGCAGUCCAAGACGGGAACAGACGCAUUCUCCGCCUCCACCGACGGACAGAUUCUGUGGUGGGACGUCCGUAAGCUGAGCGAGCCAACAGAGCGCCUGGUUCUGGACCCGAGCCGGGAGGGGAACCUGGACCAGGCUCUAGGUGCCAUCUCCCUGGAGUUUGAGCCCACCAUGCCAACAAAGUUCAUGGUGGGCACAGAGCAAGGCAUGGUGGUGUCCUGCAACAGGAAGGCGAAGACUCCGGCCGAGAAGAUCGUCUGCACCUACGAGGGCCACCACGGACCCAUCUACUCCAUUCAGAGGAACCCCUUCUUCCCCAAGAACUUCCUGACUGUUGGGGACUGGACGGCCCGCAUCUGGUCAGAGGACAUCAAGGAGUCCUCCAUCAUGUGGACCAAGUACCAGAUGUCCUACCUGAUGGACGCCUGCUGGAGUCCAGUGAGGCCUUCUGUCUUCUUCACGGUGAAGAUGGAGGGCGUGCUGGACGUCUGGGACCUCCUGUUCAAACAGAGUGAGCCCACGCUGAGCGUCAAGGUGAGUGACAAAGCGCUGUACAGCCUCCGUAUCCAGGACAACGGCCAGGUGCUGGCGUGCGGCUCCCACAGCGGCGACACCACGCUGCUGCAUAUCUCCUCUGGACUGUCUACCCUGCAGAAGAACGAGAAGAGUCUAAUGGCUGCUAUGUUUGAGAGAGAGACGAAGCGAGAGAAGAUCCUGGAGGCCCGUCAGAGGGAGAUCCGUCUGAAGGAGAGAAGUCGCUCCGAACAGAGCAGAGAGGACGAGGCGUGGCGGGAGGACGGAGACGACGACCCCGACCAGAUCCUCGCCAAGGUUGAGAGCGACUUCUACAGCAUGGUGGAAAUAGAGACGAGGAAGAGGGAGAGGGAGAGGAGAGCGGCAGAACCACAGGAGGAAGAGGCCUGUGAUAAAAAUGAAGUGAAGAAUGAAGAAGAAGAAGUGCAGAAAGAAGAUGAAGUGCAGAAAGAAGAUGAAGUGCAGAAAGAAGAUGAAGUGCAGAAAGAAGUGCAGAAAGAAGAAGAUGAAGUGAAGAUAGAAGAUGAAGUGAAGAAUGAAGAAGAUGAAGUGCAGAAAGAAGAUGAAGUGCAGAAAGAAGUGCAGAAAGAAGAAGAUGAAGUGAAGAAAGAAGAAGUGCAGAAAGAAGAAGAUGAAGUGCAGAAAGAAGAAGAUGAAGUGCAGAAAGAAGAAGAUGAAGUGCAGAAAGAAGAAGGUGAAGUGAAGAAUGAGGGAGAAAAUGAUGAAAAGAAUGAAGAAGAUUGUUAAACUGAGUAAUCCUUAUGAAUGAGAACAUCUGUCCUGCCUCAAACUCUUCACCUUCGUUCCAGUUUAAAGUUUUUCCAUUUACUUGUUAUUUGCAUCUCAGUUUUCACAUUCUGGCUUCAUUAAACUGAGCGCAGUUCGUC